AUGGCCGGUAUCUCAAUAGCCUCAAUUCUCAACCCCCCGGAAGUCCCCCAAGUACCGCCGUCCACGACUCGUCCCCCUUGCGUCCGCUCCUUCAAAGCUCAGACACGGGAACGGAGAGCAGGAUUGAAACGCUUGAAGCGCUUAAAAUGCCUCCCUUGCACACAGCAGAAAAUCGCAUGCAACAGCGAGAUACCGUGUUUCGGGUGCGAAAAGGCCGGGACGCAGACGCAAUGCAGGCUGCCGUCGGAGACGCUGCAGAAGAAAUUCGAGCAGUUCAUGAGGUGGAAUAAGGCGGAUCUGGCCGUGCAGAUACUCUUACUGGAGGAGCAGGUGGGCGCGGUCCAUAUUUCCUGGAGUGCUCUGUACUUGGGGUUGGGGCCCUCUUUUCCCGGUCUGCGGAGUGCUAACGUUGGAGUGGUGCUGCAGAAUGUUGAACAGCUGGGUUUUAUUGAUUCACUUCUUGCCGAGAGUGCUGGCACUGCCGAGAGAGAUGCUGCUCUGUGUUCUUCUGAGCCUCCACUCACGGAUACAAAGACUGUUGUGCCAGGGGGAGCGGCUACCGAGCUACCGGCGCAUAAGAAAGCCUCUUCUUCCGGUUCUUGUGCCCAUUAA